GCUUUCUCGCGGAGCAGAGCGCGACGAACUGCUGCAAACAGAGGAAGGCCGUGCGCGAAGAUGGCCGAAUUUCAAAAUCCACAGUGACGAGCUUUCUCUUUCAGGGCUUACUACUACUCAACAUCUCUUUGCUCGGCGCGCGGACGCGAGCAGCUGAUACAGCAGAGAGGAAACCGGACGAGGCUUCGUGAGAAGAAGCGUUGGGAAUCUCUCGCAUGGCGUCGCCCGGAUCCGGGUUCGGGAGGGAGAUGGGUCCAUCGGGUCCGGGCCCGCGAAGCUCCGCGGCCCCUUUUGGUGGCUUCCCUCGCCCUUCUCCGCCGCGAACUUCGCCGUCGCCGUCGCCGUCGCCGUCGCCGCCGCCGCCGCGGCCGUCAAAUUCCUCUUCUCCUCCCUCUCCUCUCUUUGGUGCUUCUCCGGUCCGAUCUCCGAGUCCGAGGAGGCCUGAAAUUUUAGGGGGCACACAGUUAUUGCCUUCGUCUUUUGAUAAUGGCUACCGGGCACCUGUUCGUCCUUACACAUCUUCAACUGCUUUGAGGCCAAAUGAGUCUUUUCCAAGAUUGGGUAGGGGGCAAAACCCUUUGUACACAUAUCCUGAUGCACAAAUCAGUCAGAGGUCCUCCUCUGUCGCCUCUUUGGUUGCUGCACGUCAUCAAGGAAGUGUAACUGCCGGGAUUGCCAGAUUCCAAGAUCCAGGAAGAAGCAACUUGCCAGUAACAUCUCCAGAAAGAGACAAUUCGAGGAACUUCAGUAAAUAUACUUUAACAAGUCAUUUUGACGCACGACCACGUUCUCCUGUAGGCUAUGAAGACAUCUAUGAUGAUUUUCGUCCUCCUUAUGGGGAAGGUCAACGUACCAUAUUUUCACAAGUAACUCAUUCACCUCAGAGUAUCAGGAAUAAUUACUCACCAGUUCCACUAGCAACUCAAUUAGCCCUUCCAAGUAUCAGGAGUAGUUACUCACCGCAAGAAAUUCCUCGUUUUGAAGAAGCUCAAAGGCCUGCUCCAAUUUCCACUGCAUGGGGUAGUCGACCAAAGUCUCCAAGCAACUAUGCCAACUCUGUUCCUCAUAAUGACCUGAAUGGGUCUGACAAUUCUAGAAGAGGCAUUCCAACUGACAUCAUAAAAGUUGAAAAAACAAAGAGAACCAGAUCUCCGCCUUUGUCACCAAUGAAUGAUCUGCAGGAGAGUUCACCUUUAUCUGACGAUAACUACAAUAGGUCUUCAGUGUCUCUCCCAGUGUCAACUACAAAAACAGGAAUGAUUUUCAGUCGCCCUGAUUCUGGCGUUCAUCAGAAUGUUCUAUCAUCUUCUGAUAUUAGCUUGGAAGCUCCUCCGAACAAGCUAAGUUACUUUCCAGUUCCUAAAAGAACGAGGUCACCAGCUCCCUCAGAUAAUGACAUUCAGCAAAACCCCCCUUCUUCUCCUGAGGAAAUAGAACGGGAAAUGCAGGCCAAGGCUAAGCGUUUAGCUCGAUUCAAAGUUGAAUUAAGUGAACCUGUGCAGCGCAGCUCCAUCAUUGCAGAACCAAGAGUUUCUUUUGUCCAUCAUGAUAUGGUGCAGGAAAGAAAAUUUGUUGGGCAGACUUUUGAUGAUGUGAUGGGAGAUUUUCCAUCUGGCAGCUUUGACAAUGGAGAUGUGGAAUCCUCCAGUAACAUUGUGGGAUUAUGUCCUGAUAUGUGCCCUGAAUCGGAAAGGGCUGAGCGAGAAAGAAAGGGGGAUCUUGAUCAUUAUGAACGUUUAGAUGGUGAUAGAAAUCAAACAAGCAUGUCUCUUGCUGUUAAAAAGUAUACUAGGACAGCUGAGAGGGAAGCAGAUUUGAUUAGGCCGAUGCCGGUCCUGCUGAAAACCAUUGAUUAUCUACUGAAUUUGCUAGAUCAGCCUUAUGACGAUAGGUUUCUGGGUCUAUACAACUUUCUAUGGGAUAGGAUGAGGGCAGUCAGAAUGGACCUCAGGAUGCAGCAUAUUUUUGAUCUUGAGGCUGUAAAAAUGCUGGAACAAAUGAUACGACUUCACGUUAUUGCGAUGCACGAAUUAUGUGAAUUUACUAAAGGAGAGGGCUUUUCAGAAGGAUUUGAUGCGCACCUCAACAUAGAACAGAUGAACAAAACAUCGGCAGAAUUAUUCCAACUGUAUGAUGAUCACAGAAAGAAAGGAAUCAGUAUACCAACAGAAAAAGAGUUUAGAGGGUAUUAUGCGUUGCUCAAGCUGGAUAAACAUCCUGGUUAUAGAGUUGAACCAGCAGAGCUUUCCCUUGACCUUGCUAAAAUGACUCCUGAAAUGAGGCAAACGCCAGAAGUCUUAUUUGCCCGUGAUGUAGCAAGAGCAUGCAGGACUGGCAAUUUUAUUGCGUUCUUUCGACUCGCAAGAAAAGCUAGUUACCUUCAAGCUUGCCUAAUGCAUGCUCAUUUUGCAAAGUUACGAUCUCAAGCACUUGCUUCGCUACACAGUGGCCUGCAGAGUAAUCAAGGUCUCCCUGUUGCUGUUGUUGCUCGAUGGCUGGCGAUGGAGGAAGAAGACAUAGAAAGCCUUUUGCAUUACCAUGGUUUUUCUGUGAGGGAAUAUGAAGACCCAUACUUGGUGAAGGAAGGUCCGUUCCUCCAUGGUGAUAGAGACUUCCCUACGAAGUGUUCAGAGCUUGUUCAUCUUAAGAAGUCGACCAGGAUAAUCAAGGAUGUCUUGAUUCCUGAGUCAAUUUCCCCACUUUCCAUGGAAGCAAUGAAGUUCCAGGUGACAAGUGAUCUCAAACAUGAAACGAAGAAUAUCCAACCUGUCGAGAAGGAUAGUUCUAUCUAUGUAUCUGAUCAAGAAUUGGCUAUUUCUGAAACUACACCAUCCCGUUCUAUCUAUGCACCUGAUCAAGAUAUGGCUAUUUCUGAAACCAUAUCGUCUCCCAAAGAAAUUUGUCAUGUCAACGUAGCUUUCCGAUCCCCAAAAGUUGCUCGGCACGUGGAAGUUGACCAUAAAAUAUCUGGGGAGGGUUUUGUGCCAUGGAACUUUCCAGUGGUUCAUAGCUCACCCAAAGCUGCAUCGAUUAAUUUGUUUGCAAAUGCAGAGCAUAAUUUCAGAAAUCCUCCUGAGAUAAGUGGUCUUCCUGGAAAUGAACUUACGCCCUUGCCUUUUUCACCUAGUUCAGUCCAGCAAAAGGUGCUUCCGGUUGAAUUGGAAAGUAAUGGUGCUUGGCAAAGCUCAGUAUCUCUGGAGGAUGCCAUGUGUAUUGCUAAUGAAGAAGCUUCACAUGUACAUCAAGAAAAUGGAUUUGAUGAAGUCUGUGUAAACGAGGAUAUUUAUAUUAAUGACGAGGAUGAAGAAGUUGCCGAGGCAAAACUCAAGUUGAUCUUAAGGUUAUGGAAGCGGCAUUCUGCCAGAAGAAGGGACUUACGUGAGCAAAGGCAACUAGCGGCUGCUGAUGCAUUAAGUUCACUGUCUUUGGGACCUCGGGUUCAAUGGAAAAAUGAUCAACCAAGCACUUUCAACGAGUUUGACAUUGACCAAGUCACAAGUGAGAGACGUGGAAAGCACAGACAAUCGUGGUCUAAGCUGAAUGUUGCAGACGUGACUGCUGGUGAACUCAUCAAGCGCAACCCAAAUGCUAAAUGCCUGUGCUGGAAGAUUGUAAUUUGUUCACAGUUGGAAAGUCUAGAUAGUAUAUUACCGGAGAGAAGUUUCACCCAUGGAAGUGCAGUCAGGUGGUUGCUUUCAAAGAUUAUGGCAGCUGGAACUGGGCAUCCUGAUCUGGUCUUUUCCACUCCGUGUCUGUCAAUAUGGAGAAAAUGGGUCCCUUGUCAGUCUAAUAUGGACUUAAUGUGCCACUUAUCUGUGAUUGAGCAUAUAAGUUUAAAUAAUUCAAGCACGACAAUAGAUGGUGCGAGUGCUGCUCUCUUCCUCUUGGCCGAAAGCAUCCCUUUGGAGCCUCAAAAGAUACGACUUCAUCAACUCAUAACAUCACUUCCUUCCGGCUCUCGAUUGCCACUUCUGAUCUUAAUUGACUCGUGGGCAAAACUGGGAUCAGAAGAUGCAACUCGUCAAACCAUUAACAAGUUGGGCCUCAAUAAUAUCGACCGAUCAAGGGUGGGUAGCCUUUCGGUCAUCUUCCUUGUAGAAGAUAAGAAAAUGGAGUUAUUGGAUGAAUUUUUCAGUGACCAGCGACUGAGGGAAGGGCUGCAUUGGCUGGCAAGCACAUCGCCACUUCAUUCUCCUGUUCAUUGCGUAGAAACACGCAAGCUAGUUCUUAAUCAUCUGAAUUCUUUCUUGGAAAGGCUUGAGAAGAGUGGCUCUGAAGUGGGUCCCGACCAAUGUAUCAUAGCACUCAAUGAAGCCUUGGAUCAGGCGCUGGGGGAAGUUGCCGCUGCUGCAUAUACAAAUCCCUCCGGUUGGCCUUGCCCUGAGAUUUCUUUGCUGGAUGAGCAUUGUAAAGAACGCAGAAUGGCAGAUUUUUACUUGCCGAGUGUUGGGUGGAGUACAUCAGCUAGAAUUGAGCCGAUUUUGUCCGCUCUAAGAAAAUGUAAGCUCCCACAUUUCAUUGAUGACAUUUCGUGGUUGAGAAGAGGCUGUAGAGUAGGAAAGGAGGUCGAGAGUCGGAGACUAGAACUAGAAGCGUGCUUGAUGAGAUACCUUACCCAGUCAAGUAAUGUGAUGGGGGAUGCGCUAGCCAGAAACGAGGCAUCUUUAAUGCUACAGAAACAUGCUCGGCUUGAGCUUCGGGACUCAGCAUACUACAUAGUUCCAAACUGGGUGAUGAUUUUCCGGAGAAUAUUCAAUUGGCGGUUGAUGAUUCUGCAGAGAGAGGAGCUCUCAGUGUCUUAUGUUCGAGAACAUGUUGCUCCUCAAACUCAUGGUUCUGAGAACAUGUUACAAGAAGAUUCAUGCCCUAACUUGGAGUAUCCAUCACUAGAUGAAAUGCUUGAAGUUGGUUGCGCCGAUCUGUCUCGUCUCACAUCUAGUUCUCAGCCAGAAAUAUCAGAGCCUAUGACUGGAUCACCCAUCCACGGUGGAGACCAAACUUGGGAUGCUGCACACGUCGACGACCUUCCAGCAGCAGCAGGUAGAAUGAAUAUUCUUCAGGAUAAUGAACCGGCUUCUGUAGAUGAUGAUGCAUUUAGGAUUAGUACAUUGAGAAGUAACAAUGAUAUGUUGGUGAAUUCUGCCAAGGCCACUGAUGGAAGCGAAAAACUGAGUAGGCUAUUGCAGCAGUGUGAUUUACUCCAGAACGCACUAGAUGAAAAGCUAUCGGUGUAUUUCUGAUCGGUCAUUGAGAAGUCUUGGUUGUCGUUGGUCUCUUCUGUAUCUUUUCGCUGUUGACAGACAUUAUUGUACAACCGAGGAAGUAAGAGUGGUUCCCGUUCUUGACGAUAUUGCACCAACUUCACUCUUCCACCUCGUGCCGAAGUCUUGCACAUGUCGAGUUGAGACCAAAAUAAUUACCACCUUGUGGAAGAUGGGAGCUGGGCGUGGAUGUUCUGACUCUGCAGAUGCAUCAGUACACCUAAAUGCAGAGUGGGUUAAAAUCAACUUCGACAACAUAAAAGAAGUUUUGUACUUCUGAAGUAAGCAAGUGGUUAAAGCCAAAGAACCCUUGUUGAUUAAUUAUUAAUGCUGCCCGUUUGAUUUGAUCAUGCCAAUGAUGUGCGAGUGGUAAUGCGUUU